AUGAUACCUUCGUUUGAAUCAGUCAAACGCUGUGUCCGAGACCCCAGCUUCGACAUAAAAGACGCGGGGACUGGUCAUCACGAUAACCGAUUAACCAAGGAUCCCCCGGGCCAGUUCCGGGAGCCCUCCCUGAGACGCGGGUAUGGUAUGGCUUACGAGACACCAAAAGCUUUCAAGUAUGCGCCGAACAAAGGAGAAAGCAGAGAUUCAUACCAUAGCUCUCGGACUAUGGAGUCUCUUGUGGAAACAGAGCCACAGUCUUCAACUUCAGCUCCCCGAGGUCCCCUUCCCAACAGCCAGCCCUCUCUGCCAACCAAAAGCAAUGACUGCAGCAACAUCUAUGAUCUGAGUCGGUCUCAAGGUAGACGAGGUGACCUGCAGCCGGCUGGUUAUCGCCCUAUAGCUAUGCGUCCUCCGGGUGUUUCUGAGCAGAUGGCCGCCAACGAAGUGCAAGGCCAAUCAUUUGAUGAGAAACAUACUUUGAAGACCGUGAUUUAUCCAGGUUGCUAUGAAAAGGCCAAACAGAAGGCACUCCUUAGAGUUUGCCUGGAGCACAAAGAUUUGUCCAAACUUGUGAAGGAUGGACCUGAGGCAUCAGGUUCCGAGCUCGAGGCACUGAUCGAUCAAUGGAAUAACUUAUAUGCUAUAAAGUUUUGCUCUCAAAACAGAAAUUUCUUGGAGGCAGUAGGAUGGAAAAAAGCUGCUGAGCAAAGUCGAAACAGUUGCCCCUCAGAUGCCGGUCAAAACCCACAGGCCAGCCAUGAGAACGAUUCCCAGAGCGAGAAAGCAACACAAGGAUUGGACUUUGAAGGUUCUAUUUGGCCUACUGUUAAAGAUGAACUGAUGAAGUUCGCAGAGGAGAGAAUCCUUCGUUGGGCGCAAGAGAAACUCGAGGAAAGGCUGCAGGCCCUCGAGUCUCUCACCCGGCCGCCUCUUCUGAAGGCCAACAGCUCUCCAGAGUCGUACCGGGUGUAUUUCAAGUAUCUCAUGAAUCGUACAGAGGCUGCGGGAAAAAAUUCCAAGGCGAUUCGAAACACUGAGGCUGUCAUGUCUAUGGCACUGGAUCUUCUACCAGGUCUAGAGGAGCGCUUGCGGGAUCAGCUCGAAGAUGUGAUUGAUAAGCAAGAAGAUCGUCCUGGGGCUAGUGUUAAACACGAUCAGACUAUUGAAACUGAUCAUGGCGAGGCAAAUGAUGGGCCUGAGAGUGCUCAUGAGAAUUCUGAAGAGGCUGAUCAUGACAUUGAUUACAAAAUUCAAGAAGCUCAAGAACAGAGUGUUCACGAGGAUGGAGUCAAGACGAAACUCGAAGAUGAGCCUGAAGAGGAUGAAGAUGGAGACGAAAGUAUAGAUGACAUCGAAGAGUUUGACGAAUUCUAUGCCGACGAAAGCGACGACGAUACCUAUGAAGAUCCUGACGAGCCCAAUCGCCACUACAGAGGUUCCAUCAUAGAUACAAUCGAGCCUCGUACCCCAAUCGUUACUCCGCGGAUCAUGAGACAGCUCCAUCACUAUGAACAGAGAUACAGAGACACGGUCGUAACCGCAAAAAAUGAGGAAGAGACAACGUCCGCUGUAGUUCAUUCUGUGGAUAAAGAAGAACCAGAAGUCACAUCGCGGAAAAGAAAAGCACCAGAUUCCGCCGAGCAUUCUCUUGCUAUCCGAAGCAAGUCGAUGGAGCAGAGGUUCGCUACAAUAAGCACUCCGAUUCCCGUAGGAAGAAAAAGGCAACGAAUCAGCGAACCCCAAUGCAGUCCGGCAUCGACAGCCUGUUCAUCUGAGCUAUUUCCAUCUCUUGAGGAUAUUUUUAGCUCAAGUAUUGGUCGCGCAUCUUCCGCGACAACGCAACCGCCGCCUAACUCCUCGAGUCCUGCAGUUCGAGUAAGCAAGAAGAAGAGCGAGGGAAAAGACAGAAGCAGGGCCCAGAGUAAGGUUUCCCCCGAACUCGGGGAUACUCCUAGGGAUGCUGCCACUGCUCCCAAGCCUGAGGAGACGACAGGAGUAUCACCUGGCCUCUUUUUGACCCCCGAUGUGGCGCGACAAGUCAAUACACCCUUUCAAUUCAAGAAAAGUGUAUCCCGCCAUCCUUCCCCAGAGGAAAGGUUUAGAGAAGAGACUGCCGAGUUUCAGGCCAUGACGCCUAGUGCUCGCGAAGCUAUGCUCUACACAGCGCUUCGGGAGAUGCGCCGACGACAAGGGUAG